AUGUCAGAAACGUACGCUUCUAUCAAGACUUUACAUUCCUCUCUUCCAGCUUUCCAACCUCCCAUAUCUACCUCCGCAUUACCAAGUAUUGCCUUCAUCACGCUAUUGGCGUUCUUCGUUCUCACCUUCCUAUUCACCACGUUGCCCAAAUCGAAAAUACCUAUUCCUGAAAUUGGAACAGCUUUAGCAGCUUCUGUAUUAGCUGGAGGCGGCGUAGUCGCUUUGUUCUGUACAUUAGGCGUAUACGUGUAG